CGUGGGCAGCCGAUCGCCAGUUGUAAAUCGCCAUCGGACGCAUUAGCUUCAAUUGGCUGGAUUGUGUUGUGGCCCCGAACCAUAUUCACCGUGUAUACUUUGUGUCUCUGAGUGUGUCUUUGUGUGUGUGCGGUGGUUUUGUAUUGACGAUCGCAUGUGAAUGACGAUGGCCAAAGCGGUAAUCGCUCUAUUGUGGAUCAAUUUGAUCUGCCUUAUCAGUGUGGUAGUUUGCACCCCCGACGCCUGGCCCAAGAAUGGUGGCCGCUCGACCGUGGAUCAGGAACUCGGCGAAAGCAUGCUCACGAAGCAGCUGUUUGCCAUCAUCGAUCUGUACAAGCAGGAUGAUCCGGUCGGGCUGCCGGACGCGUCCAUACCAGACCCGAUGCCCAUCCCCGAGAUCCGGCAGUCGUUCUCGUUCGCCAAGAUGCAUCUGCGCAAUGUGCUGGCCCGCGGCAUGUCCCGCUUCCGGAUUCGCUACUUUCACACGGAGCUGAGCCGCAUGUCCGUGACGGCGCUGGUAGCGAUCGACGAGAUCACGGUCAACGGCAACUACACGAUGAGCACGUUCUUCAACCGGGCCGAGGGCCCGUUCAACGUGGUGAUGCGCAACGUGCUGACCAAGGCGAACGUUUCGCUGGCGGUCGAACGGGACGGCACGCUGCGCACGAACGACAUCGAGCUGGACAUUGCGUUCGACGACAUGGCGAUGGACUUCCAGAACCUCGGCUUCAUGGGCAGCAUCUUCCAGAGCGUGGUCAACUCGGCGUCCAAUCUCGUGUACGACACGAUGAAGCCGUUCAUGCUGUCCGAGGCGUACACGAAGAUCCGCCACGAGGUGGACAGCCGGAUGCUGAACAUUACGGUCGAGAACCAGUUCACGCUGCCGAACUCGAUCGCCCCGCUCGACAUGGCGAUCGGCGAGAUGCGGCGCAUCGUGCGCAACAAGGGCCUGGAUCCGUUCCUGGUGCCGGACUACAACAAUACGGCCGGCAUCUUCGGCAUGCAGACGACGCACACGUGGAUCAGCGGUGGGUCGAGCUUCUACCGGUACGGCGACAUCUCCGUCACGAUGCAGAACAACACGGCGACGGUCGGUAUGCACGUGGCCACGCAGCGCAUCGUCGGCUCGACCCAGUGGACGGUGUCGAUCGGGCGCGGCAUGCUGUCCCAUCCGGGCCGGGCACAGUUCACGGUCGAGCACAUACGCGUCGCGUUUCAGAUCGAGCAGCCGCUGAACCUGGGCAAAAAGCUGAAGCUGCGCGACAUCCAGCUGGAGCUGGGCAACAUUCAGGUCCGCAGUGAUGGGGCCGGUACGUUCGAUUACGUGAUCGAGGCCGCGGUCAACAUACUGCCGAACGUGCUGCGGUACCAGAUCAUGGAUGCGAUCGAGAACCCGCUGCGGAUGCGCAUCCAGGAGAAGCUGGACUGCAUCAAUACGGAGGCGCUGGUGCGGAAGUACGCGCUCGAGUACGAAAAGCACGGCAUUGAUAUCGAUUUGAAGGAUUUCGAGCUGUGCGAGCAGCAGGUGCCUGGGCCACGCGGGGAAUAGGGAAUGAUUAGUGAAGUAAUUUAGAGCAGAUUGAAUGCUUUACAUUGAGGAUUUAAUUAAUAAAGAGUUCUAUUCGCUUCGAAA